AUGCGAUACAAUUCGCCCAAAAGAAACUCCCUCGAGGAAGAAUUGAUCUUAGACCUGCUCUUUGCAAGGGCCGCUAUCACGUCGGAAAUCUUGUAUAUUUUGAUCACUCCACCUUCCUCGCCAGGCUCCGCAUUGGCGGCACUGGAUUCAUCUUCGCCAUCAAUUAUGGAACCAAUCAUCGAAUUUGCUCUGCUCUCCUGA